UGUUAUGAAAGAAUACAAAGAAUGAACUUCCAUAAACUACUAAUAGCAUAUAAGGUAGUUCAAUAAUUCUCAUAGCAUAUAUAGAAGUUAAUAACAAGGUAACAAAAUUACAAAAUAUAUACGUGAGUGAGGUUCAAGAUAAGAGAGACCCAACGCAUCUUAACCGCUCAACAAACGCUAAUCAAUCGGAGAUCAGAGGAUGCCUUAUGAUGAUUCGAUCGCCGGAGAUGAAACUCCGGUGCACCGUGUUCUUGAGGUGAGUGAUCCCGCCCGCGGGACGGAGCCGCGGGCGCCUCUCCCUUUCGUUCUCUCCUUCCAAAACCUCACGUACACCGUGAAAGCCCGCCGGAGAAUGGGAAUUCCGGCGGUUUUCCGGUGCCGGAGCGGGGUGAACUCCGGCGAUGGAGCGGGGAAAACCCUUCUCAACGACAUCUCCGGCGAGGCGCGCGACGGGGAGAUCUUGGCCGUUCUCGGCGCGUCGGGGUCCGGGAAGUCGACGCUCAUCGACGCCCUCGCGAACCGGAUCGCCAAGGAGAGCUUGAGAGGAGCCGUGAAGCUCAACGGCGAGCCGUUGGACUCCGGGUUGAUGAAAGUCAUCUCCGCCUACGUCAUGCAAGACGAUCUGUUGUACCCCAUUCUCACCGUCGAGGAGACGCUCGUGUUCGCCGCGGAGUUCCGGCUCCCCCGGGCCCACUCCGUGGCGAGGAAGCGCGAGCGGGUCGAGGCUUUGAUCGACCAAUUGGGGCUCCGGAGCGCCGCGAAGACGGUGAUCGGAGACGAAGGCCACCGCGGUGUUUCCGGCGGGGAGCGGCGGCGGGUGUCCAUCGGGAUCGACAUUAUCCACGACCCCAUCGUCCUAUUUCUCGACGAGCCGACCUCGGGGCUCGACUCCACGAGCGCGUUGAUGGUGGUGAAAGUGCUGCAGAGGAUCGCUCGGAGUGGGAGCAUUGUGGUCAUGUCCAUUCACCAGCCGAGUUACCGGAUCAUGGGGUUGUUAGACCGGGUUCUCUUCCUUUCCCGCGGCCGGACCGUUUACCUGGGUUCGCAUUCCGACUUACCCCGGUUCUUCUCAGAUUUCGGUCACCCGAUCCCGGAGAACGAGAACCGGAUCGAGUUCGCGCUUGACCUUAUCCGCGAGUUGGAAGUCUCACCCGAAGGAACCAUUUGUCUCGCAGAGUUCAACCGGACUUGGCAGAGUAACCGGACCGGAUCUUCUCCGGUUCCUUUUUCUUCACUAAAGGAGUCGAUCGGGUGGGCCAUUUCACGUGGGAAAUUGGUCUCUGGGGCCAUGGCUACCCCCAAUGAAGUCAAUCAAAAUUUCUUGGUCCCCACAUUUGCGAACCCGUUCUGGGCCGAAACCGCGGUCCUAUUGAACCGGUCAUUCAAGAAUUCGGGGAGAAUUCCGGCCCUACUCGCAACCCGGUUAGGCGCAGUCGUGAUCACCGGGUUCAUCUUAGCCACAAUUUUCUGGCGUCUCGACGACUCCCCGAAGAGCGUCCAGGAGCGCCUCGGCUUCUUCGCGUUCGCAAUGUCGACCAUGUUCUACACGUGCGCGGACGCCCUCCCGGUUUUCAUCCAAGAAAGGUUCAUAUUCAUGCGGGAGACGGCCCACAAUGCCUACCGGAGAUCGUCCUAUUGCCUCUCCCACGCGCUCGCCUCCUUCCCCUCCCUCCUCCUCCUCUCCCUCGCCUUCUCCGCCCUGACCUUCUGGGCGGUCGGCCUGGGCGGCGGCCUCUCCGGGUUCCUAUUCUACACGGCCAUCAUCCUCGCCUCGUUCUGGGCGGGGAACUCGUUCGUCACGUUCCUCUCCGGAGUCGUCCCCCACGUGAUGCUCGGCUACACCAUCGUCGUCACCAUCCUGGCCUACUUCCUCCUCCUCAGCGGCUUCUUCAUAAACCGGAACCGCAUCCCGCCGUACUGGAUAUGGUUCCACUACAUCUCCCUCAUCAAGUACCCGUACGAGGCGGUGCUGAGGAACGAAUUCGACGACCCGAGGAAGUGCUUCGUGCGGGGGAUUCAGAUGUUUGACGGGACGCCGCUCGCCGGAGUCUCGCCGGAGACGAAAGAGAGGUUGCUGGGUAGCAUCAGCGGGACGCUGGGAAUCCGGAUCGCCGGGGAGACGUGCGUGACCACCGGAGCCGAUGUGCUGGCGCAGCAGGGAGUGACGGAUCUGGGGAAAUGGAGCUGCUUGUGGAUCACUGUUGCUUGGGGUUUCUUCUUUAGGGUUUUGUUUUAUUUGAGUUUGUUGGUUGGAAGCAAGAACAAAAGAAGCUAGUGUUUGGUUGGGUCAAAUGAUGAUGGGAUAUUUUCAUUUGGGUUAAAAAAUUGUUGAAGUUGUU